AUGGUUUUAACGCAGCAGGACCUAAAGAGUGGCUUAAAGAUCAGAAGAGGAAGUCGUCGAGCAAAUAGAGAAUCUGAUUAUACGGAAAAAGAUUUGGAGAGUCUUCAGAAUCUGUUAAGGUCUUCUGCAAGAGACUGUGUCCCGAAAGAGAGAAGUUCUCUGGUGGAUUUUCAGUCUAAAACCGGAGUUGAGGUUUGUACGUUCAAGCUGGUUGUGAAGAACGCUGCUUCGUUAUUAGAUGAUAAGGAUCCACUCAAAUUGGAAGCAGAGAAUAUACUAAAUGAUCUUGUUAGGUCAUUCGGUUCCCUCAUCACGCUGACGAAUGGGAUUGAUAUGAAUCUUCCUUCUAAUAGAAUAAAGAUUUCAGAUGCAGUUAUGGAGGUUAUCUCUUUUCUUGACAAAUUUGAGAAGGGUGUUAAGGACUGCCUUGAGAUCUAA